GCGGGCGUCUCGGGCUCCAGGUCCCGGCCAGAGGAGGAGCUCGUUGCCCGGGGACGCUGGGCUGGGCGGCCGGCGGCGCGGGCCCGGCGGCGGCGGCAGCGGGAUCCGGGUCCGGAGCGCCACAGCUGCCAUUGGACCUGUCAAGUGCCUGAGUCAUUGUGAUAAUGGGCUACAUUGCGCAGGGGCCCUGGGCCAUCUCCACAGGAGAUGCCAGAGGACAAGUGCCCACUUGCUGAUCUUCGCAGAGCACCCUGAAAUGAGACGGUUUAAGCGGAAGCAUCUUACUGCCAUUGACUGCCAGCAUUUGGCGCAGAGUCACUUGGCCGUGACCCAGCCCUUCGGUCAAAGAUGGACAAACAGAGAUCCGAACCAUGGUCUCUAUCCUAAACCCAGAACAAAAAGAGGGAGUUGGGGUCAGGGACGUCAAAGAUGCAUCCCUGAGUUCUUCCUAGCAGGCAAGCGGCCGUGCACCAAUGACAUGGCCAAAAGCAAUUCUCUUGGCCAGGACAGCUGUCAGGACUCCGAGGGUGACAUGAUCUUUCCUGCAGAGAGCAGCUGUGCACUGCCUCAGGAAGGCAGUGGAGAAGCAUGGCUGGGCUCAUCAGGGUCUGCCCCGCCCUCCAGGAAGCGGUCUCGGUCCUCUGAGGAAGAGAGUAACCAGGAUACGGGGACCAGCCGGUGGGAUGGAGUUUCUAAGAAAGCUCCGCGGCACCAUUUGUCUGUGCCAUGCACAAGGCCUAGGGAGGCCAGGCAAGAAGCAGAGGACAGUACGUCUCGGCUCUCUGCAGAGUCUGGAGAAACUGACCAAGAUGCUGGGGACAUGGGUCCUGAUCCCAUUCCUGACUCAUACUAUGGGCUUCUUGGGACCUUGCCCUGCCAGGAAGCACUGAGCCACAUUUGCAGCCUGCCUAGUGAGGUCUUGAGGCACGUGUUUGCCUUCCUCCCGGUGGAAGACCUCUAUUGGAACCUGAGCUUGGUGUGCCACCUGUGGAGGGAGAUCAUCAGUGACCCGCUGUUCAUUCCUUGGAAGAAGCUGUACCAUCGAUACCUGAUGAAUGAAGAGCAAGCUGUCAGCAAAGUGGACGGCAUCCUGUCUAACUGUGGCAUAGAAAAGGAGUCAGACCUGUGUGUGCUGAACCUCAUACGAUACACAGCCACCACUAAGUGCUCCCCGAGUGUGGAUCCCGAGAGGGUGCUGUGGAGUCUGAGGGACCACCCCCUCCUCCCUGAGGCUGAGGCGUGUAUGCGGCAACACCUCCCCGACCUCUACGCUGCUGCUGGGGGUGUCAACGUCUGGGCCCUGGUGGCGGCUGUGGUGCUCCUCUCCAGUAGUGUGAAUGACAUCCAGCGACUGCUCUUCUGUCUCCGGAGACCCAGCUCCACGGUGACCAUGCCAGAUGUCACCGAGACCCUGUACUGCAUAGCCGUGCUUCUCUACGCCAUGAGGGAGAAGGGGAUUAACAUCAGCAAUAGGAUUCACUACAACAUUUUCUAUUGCCUAUAUCUUCAGGAGAAUUCCUGCACUCAGGCCACAAAAGUUAAAGAGGAGCUAUCUGUCUGGCCAGGCAAGAAAACCAUCCAACUUACACAUGAGCAACAGCUGAUUCUGAAUCACAAGAUGGAACCUCUCCAGGUGGUGAAAAUUAUGGCCUUUGCCGGCACUGGGAAGACCUCAACCCUGGUCAAGUACGCAGAGAAGUGGUCUCAGAGCAGGUUUCUGUAUGUGACGUUCAACAAGAGCAUCGCAAAGCAGGCCGAACGCGUCUUCCCCAGCAACGUCAUCUGCAAAACCUUCCAUUCCAUGGCCUACGGGCACAUAGGGCGGAAGUACCAGUCAAAGAAGAAGUUGAAUCUCUUCAAGUUAACACCCUUCAUGGUCAACUCCGUCCUUGCUGAAGGGAAGGGUGGAUUCAUAAGAGCCAAGCUCGUGUGUAAGACUCUAGAAAACUUCUUUGCCUCGGCUGACGAAGAGCUGACCAUUGAUCACGUGCCUAUUUGGUGUAAGAACAGCCAAGGACAGAGAGUCAUGGUUGAGCAGAGUGAAAAACUGAAUGGUGUCCUUGAAGCGAGCCGCCUCUGGGAUAACAUGCGGAAGCUGGGGGAGUGCACAGAAGAGGCGUACCAGAUGACUCAUGACGGCUACUUGAAACUCUGGCAGCUGAGCAAGCCUUUGCUGGCCUCUUUUGACGCCAUCUUUGUGGAUGAGGCCCAGGACUGCACACCAGCUAUCAUGAACAUAGUUCUGUCUCAGCCAUGUGGGAAAAUCUUUGUAGGGGACCCGCACCAGCAGAUCUAUACCUUCCGGGGUGCGGUCAACGCCCUGUUCACAGUGCCCCACACCCACGUCUUCUAUCUCACGCAGAGUUUUCGGUUUGGUGUGGAAAUAGCUUAUGUGGGAGCUACUAUCUUGGAUGUUUGCAAGAGAGUCAGGAAAAAGACUUUGGUUGGAGGAAACCAUCAGAGUGGCAUUAGAGGUGACGCAAAGGGGCAAGUGGCCUUGUUGUCCCGGACCAACGCCAACGUGUUUGAUGAGGCCGUACGGGUGACGGAAGGGGAGGUCCCUUCAAGGAUACAUUUGAUUGGGGGGAUUAAAUCAUUUGGAUUGGACAGAAUCAUUGAUAUUUGGAUCCUUCUUCAGCCAGAGGAAGAACGGAGGAAACAAAACCUCGUCAUUAAAGACAAAUUUAUCAGAAGAUGGGUGCACAAAGAAGGCUUUAGUGGCUUCAAGAGGUAUGUGACCGCUGCUGAGGACAAGGAGCUUGAAGCCAAGAUCGCAGUUGUUGAAAAGUAUAACAUCAGGAUUCCAGAGCUGGUGCAAAGGAUAGAAAAAUGCCAUAUAGAAGAUUUGGACUUUGCAGAGUACAUUCUGGGCACAGUGCACAAAGCCAAAGGCCUGGAGUUUGACACUGUGCAUGUUUUGGAUGAUUUUGUGAAAGUGCCUUGUGCCCGGCAUAACCUGCCCCAGCUUCCCCACUUCAGAGUUGAGUCAUUUUCUGAGGAUGAAUGGAAUUUACUGUAUGUUGCAGUAACUCGAGCCAAGAAGCGUCUCAUCAUGACCAAAUCAUUGGAAAACAUUUUGACUUUGGCUGGGGAGUACUUCUUGCAAGCAGAGCUGACAAGCAACGUCUUAAAAACAGGCGUGGUGCGCUGCUGCGUGGGACAGUGCAACAAUGCCAUCCCUGUUGACACCGUCCUCACCAUGAAGAAGCUGCCCAUCACCUAUAGCAACAGGAAGGAAAACAAGGGGGGCUACCUCUGCCACUCCUGUGCGGAGCAGCGCAUCGGGCCCCUGGCGUUCCUGACAGCCUCCCCGGAGCAGGUGCGCGCCAUGGAGCGCACUGUGGAGAACAUCGUGCUGCCCCGGCACGAGGCCCUGCUCUUCCUCGUCUUCUGAGGACAAGGCACACGUUCUCCGCAGUGCAGAGCAGCUUGCUGAGGACCCCGCGUGAAGAAAGCCAGCGAUGGGGGCUUCCACUCCCUAGACUCUGGGUUCACCCACAGCACUUUCUGAGGAAGAGGACACCAGCCCAAGCUGGACCUGCCAUUUCUCCGCUCCCUACAGACAGCCAGUCUCCACUUGCCUCCCCUCCGGACGUAUCUGGUUGGGGAAGUGGGGGAUGUUCUUUUGAUAAAAAAAAAAAAAAAAAAAAAAAAAAAACCAUUUUAUGUAUUUAAACUUUUAUUACAAGAUUUCAAUUAAACAGGCACCAUAGCACUGGCA